AUGUCCCACAAAGCCGCAUUCGAAGCAUUAGAUGUCACCAUGAAAGACCUCAGACGGAACAAUGACAGAAUGGGAGGCGUCGUAAUGGUUUUGGCAGGCGAUUUUCGACAGACGCUACCAGUUAUUCCGCGUGGAACGAGGGCAGAUGAAAUGCAGGCCUGCAUAAAAUCUUCUUACAUCUGGAAUGGCAUUCAAACACUUGGAUUAUCGACUAACAUGCGAGUUCAUCUCAACGGUGAUCCCUCUGCCCAGCAGUUUGCAGAUAAUCUACUGAAACUAGGAAAUGGAGCCCUUACUUCAGAAAAUGAAGAUGGAUAUGUAGCGAUGCAAGGCAUUGGAAGGAUUGUGACUACUGAAGAAGAACUGAAAGAGGCUGUGUUUCCGAAUGUGAUUCACACCACUUCACUGAUCACGCAUGGCUGUGCGAAAGAGCAAUUCUUGCCCCAACAAACGAAGCCGUCAGUGUUAUCAACAAGGAACUUUUACAGAACUUACCCGGAACUCUUCAUAUUUACAAAUCUAUAG